AUGGGGAGCUGGAAUUUAGAUCUCACCAUAAUUUCUGCUACUAACCUCGAAGAUGUUCGAGGAAUAAGUUGCGGCCGGGAAAUGAAAGUAUACGCAGAGGUUUCCAUCAAUGGGGAACCGGGUUUGAUGGUUAAAACUCGGGCGGACCGAGCUGGUCGGACCAGUCCCCAGUGGAAUGCAAAGAUAUCAUACGUCCUCACCGAGCAAAAUGUCCUCCCGGACACUCUCAUUGUCAUCAAAUUGUACUGUAAAAGAUCCUUUUCGCGAGAUACAUAUGUCGGUCAAGUUAACUUGAGCUUGAAGCAACUUUUCGGAAACAGGAAUAUCGCCGAUGAUGUUGUUCCGAAAUGUGAAGAACACGAGGUGAUUAGGGUUAACGACAAAGGAGGUGAUUUUGGGGUGCUCAAAAUUUCACACCGGCUUUAUGAACAUGUUGUUGAUCAUACUUGCUGCUGCUGCAAAGGAUCAAAAGGGGAAAAUGGGAAUAUUUCUGGAUGUGAUCAUCAAGGCAGUGAAAAUUCUGGGUCGUGUUGUGGGUUGCUUGUAAAAGUAACUGCCAUAAUGUUGAGAGAAGUUGCCAUCGCCGUCGCAGAAAGUCUUAUUUUUUAG